AUGGUGAUGCUCCUUCUAGUCAACCUUAGUGGUGCUAUCGAGAAUCUGGAUUUUCUGAAGGAUCUAUACCUUACCGAAUACGAUGAUUAUCGUUGGACAUUGUACGCAUUUUGCGCAAGAAUGUCAUCGGAAAGAGUAAGUUGUGGAGAUAGACUUGCUGGAUACCCAUACAAUCUAUACUAUCUUGAUAGUGACUAUCCAAAUAUAUCUGCCACCUACUAUGUUCUGAGAGCAGCAUACGGCUUUCUAGUGGGAGCACUAGCGUUGUCAUUCGUGGUCAAUGUCAUUGGACUUUUCACUCUUUGCAGCAAAAGUACUUCUACAUUGAGGGCCUUCAGAAUCACCAUGUGGAUUACCUACUUCAUUGCCCUCGCUGGUGUCACAGCAGAAACCGUCAUCCAUGCCAUUGGUACACAAUUUGUUUCUGGUGCCACCCUAGGUGUAAAAAUUUUCGUAUUCAUGUGGAUUGGUGUGGGAUUCUUAUUAUUUGGCUUGAUAGUCUCGGUUUUCUAUCAUGAGCCACCACAACCAAUUUACGAAACCAAGGGUUACUACCCAGAAAUGUAUAUGAACCAGCCAUUUUACCCUCCUCCACCACCACCUAUGGUUCCUCAGAGCCCACAGCAAGGUUACUUUCCACAGCAGGGACAUGGACAGCUGGGCUACGGACAACAGGGCUAUGGACAACAAGGCUAUGGACAACAAGGCUAUGGACAACAAGGCUAUGGACAACAGGAGCAAUCUCAACUGGAGUAUUCACAACAGAAUCGUACACAUCUGGAUGUUGGUCAGCAGGAUCGUGUCAACCUGGAGUAUGGACAACUGGAGUAUGGACGACUGGAGUAUGGACGCCUGGAGUAUGGACAGCAGAAGCUUGGGCAGCAAGAGCAAGUAAAUCAACACCCUUAA